AUGAGUCUCGGAGACGGAUGCAUUAACUCUAUGAGUCUCGGAGACGCUCCCAAUCUCGGGGAACGUUGCCCUAGAACCGGGUAUACUCCGCCAAUCUAUUGUCCCGCACUUGUUUGCUCUUAUCGUCCGAGUCUAGUGCAAGUCAACCUACCGUCGCGCAAAAGGAAAGAAAGACAUGUUUAG